AUGACCGCGAUUUCGAACAAGAUCAACUGUUCUAGAUUCUAUUUUGAAUGGAAGGGCCACCAGAUACAGGAUAUUGCCACGUUUCAUGCCAUUGCCGCAGAACGGAGACCAAACAAGCCUAUUGUAUACCUGGCGGGCGACUCCUCGCUGGACAACAAAUACUGGGUUCACUCUAAUAGGGAACUGCAAGUCCAAGUUCCCGAAAUAUACGAGCAUACGCUGGACAGACCCACACCCAAGCCUGAUGUCGCAUUCUGGAUAAACCACUUCUUAGGCGAUAGCGCAACGUGCAUCAACACCGCCGUGGAAGAGUCCAUGCUUCGCGAACGAGACCAAGAGCUGCUCUCGCACGACGUGUUUAUUCGUGACAACAUUCGACCUGAAGAUGUCGUCAUUGUCAGCGUGGGUGCCAAUGACAUUGCGCUCAAGCCGCUUCCCUGCACGAUCCGGCACAUGCUCCAGCUGGCCUGGGCGACUCCUCGGUCUUCACUCGACAAUGGAACCGCCUCGUCGCUUGAGUAUUUCAGGGAAAUGUUUGGCCCGAGAAUUCAAGACUACGUCGAGCGCUUGACUGCCAAAGCGAGGCCACGAGCCGUCAUCAUCUGCAUGAUCUACUUCCCGCUUGAAUGGGGACUUGGUCAGCAGAGCUGGGCUGAUACUCAGCUCAAGGCUUUGGGCUACAACACGUGGCCUGGACAGCUACAGACAGCCAUUAGCACGUUGUAUAGGAUGGCGACGCAGAACAUUACAGUCAGGGGCACUGAAGUCGUGCCUUGUGCUCUACACGAAGUACUAGACGGGAAAGUUGCAAGCGACUACACUGCUAGGGUUGAACCGAAUGAAGAGGGUGGCAAGAAGAUGGCAAGAAGGUUUGCUGAACUUUUGAAUGGUAUACUCUCUACUGGAUGA